CCUUGAAAGUCUGAUGAUAUAAGUAUCAAACAGGUACACGUGCAGAUGGGCCAUAAACACCUCGUUGUUACACAACCAGUUUCUUUUAACACAGUAAAAGCCUCUCCUCGACAGCAGUCUUUGUGUUUGCUUUCAUCCGAACAGACACAUUAAACGGUAUGUAAACGCUUCUUUAUUCAACUGAUUUUAAGAAUGAAUUAUCAACAUAGUAUGUCCAAAGCUGGUUUACUUUAAAAUGUGUGUUUUAAUGUUUAAUACUCUUGUUUUUAGAUAACUUUCCCACAAUGGCAAAACACAACAUUAGCCUUGUGAUUGCCAUAGUGCUGGCGUUGCUUUUCUUCAUCAUCACGAUGGUGUUCACGGCUCUGGCAGGGCCGGGAAUAUAUCCAUUUUUGGAGACCACCAGUAAUAUUUCAGAUGAGUUUGUAACUGAGAUCACACCAGCAGGAUGGACUUUUACCAUCUGGUCCAUUAUUUACAUCUUCCUGGCUUUAGUGUUGGUCUACGUCGUCUCCGGCAUCUUUAGGAAGAACGCGUAUGGUUACGUCUACAGCAGCCCGGCUAUUUUGCCACAUGGAUUUUUUGUGACUUGGUGCUUGAAUCUGGGACUCAAUACUGCAUGGCUGUUCCUGUGGGACAGAAAGUUGAUGCCCGCUGCACUGGCUUUCCUCAUCCUAAUCGCCCUGACUAACUACACCAUGAUAUUCUUCUCCUGCCAUGGUCUCCAUAACUACGGAGGCUGGCUCAACAAGUACCACAAAGUAGACCUGUGGCUUCAUCGUGUCUUGGUUCAGAAUGGCAUUGCCAUAUAUGCAACAUGGACAACCAUUGCAUCCCUGAUUAACCUGACCAUCGUGCUGACUCAUGAGGCAAACAUGUCGUCGACUGACGCUGCCACCGUCUCACUCUCUAUUCUGACUGUAGUGUUGUUUGUGUGGUUUUUCCUAGAAAACUCUGUCCUGGACAAACAUGUGAGGUACAUUCUCACCAUUUACCCCGUUGUGGUCUGGGCAGUGACGGGGGUGUUCACGAAAAACAACGAUGCUGCAGAUACUACUCGCAAUAACAUCUUCACUACUGCGCUGUUGGCUGUAGCCUGUACCUUAUGUGCCGCACGGGUAUUUUUGGUCAUCUGGAAGCACUUCAAAAAGCCACUUCACCAAGAUCUCAGCCCAGAGAGCAUGUCUCCGAUGGAGAUCGCUGGGAAGCAGAAAAAUAUAUUUAAGUAAGAACGGUGAAUGAAUAUUUUUAUGACAUGAUGCAGUGUUGUAAAUUAUGACUUUUUAACGCUUCUUAAAAUAAAUGUGAUAUUAAAUGAUAUGAUGCUGAGUUGUAGUAACGUCCUAAAUUCAUUAUUCAUAUGUAUUUGUCAUACAAGUAUGAAAAAUAGUGUUCAUUGUUUUUAUUCAUGCACUUUGACUUUUAUUUUGUGUACUG